CAGCCCCGGCCCCUCCCUCCUCGCCUGGCAACGAAGUCUUCAAACCGUCACACUCAAGUCUCUCUAUCCAUCAAGGGUUCUCAAAAAUGCCGACUCGCUUCUCGAACACCCGCAAGCACCGCGGCCACGUCUCGGCCGGUCACGGCCGUGUCGGCAAGCACCGCAAGCACCCCGGUGGUCGUGGUCUCGCCGGUGGUCAGCACCACCACCGUACCAACUUCGACAAGCUUAUCUCGCUCCCCGAGGCUCAGGUUGAGGCCCCCGCUGGCUCGGUCCCCGUUGUCGACCUUGUCCACCUCGGCCACUUCAAGCUCCUUGGCAAGGGCCGCAUCAGCAAGCCCCUUAUCGUCAAGACCCGCUUCGUCUCGGCUCUCGCUGAGAAGAAGAUCAAGGAGGCCGGCGGUGUCGUCAAGCUCGUCGCUUAAGCGCGCGAUUCUUUCGGCAUAGCUAGUUGACAGGAGUGGGCGCUCGCCCAGCACUUUGGCAUGGGGGUUGCAGUGAAUGCAACGUGUACACAACCA